CUCUUUCUUUUUCUCUCUCUCUGUGAUUACAGGGGGGUGUCCCUCCGCAUUUUUGCAGCUUGCCAUGCUUUUAGACACAGUGAGCGCUGGAGAAGGCGAGAGCGAGAGACGGAACGCCGGGCUCAGUAGCUGUCUGAAUACAACCACGGGUUUCCCAACCUUUCUUCCCUUAUUUCCCCCUCACUUUCCGUUUAAAACAGUUAUUUCCCUUGUUAUAAAUAUAGUUUUUAUUUAGUGUUUCCUUCAUUUUGAGGCUUCUGAAUGACAGUUGUGAUUUGUAUCGUUUUUGGACAUUGUUUGUGGUGACCCAUUGGAUUGUCGAACAGCCGAGGAAGCUUGGAUGAGCUGCUUCGCUAAAAGCCAGAAAUGGGGUUGCUGUUGAUCUGCCUUUCCCUCUGGAUAUUGCAAUGCAAUUCUGCCGGAGCGGACUCCAUCAUUCAUAUUGGUGCCAUAUUUGAGGAAAACGCUGGAAGGGAUGACGAAAUUUUCCAACUUGCCAUUUCUGACCUAAGUCUCAACGACGACAUUCUACAAAGUGAAAAAAUCACCCACUCUGUAAAAUCUAUCGAGGCUAACAACCCAUUUCAAGCAGUGCAGGAAGCCUGUGAGCUGAUGAACCAAGGCAUACUGGCACUGGUAACAUCUACAGGCUGUGCAUCCGCCAAUGCCCUCCAGUCCUUGACCGACGCCAUGCACAUACCCCACCUGUUUAUUCAGAGAAACGGCCAGGGCACGCCUCGCACCGCCUGCCACCUCAACCCAAGUCCUGACGGGGAGAGCUACACCCUGGCCGCCCGCCCGCCUGUACGCCUCAACGACGUCAUGCUCACCCUGGUCACUGAGCUGCGCUGGCAGAAGUUCAUCAUCUUCUAUGAUGCUGACUAUGACAUCCGUGGACUGCAGACAUUCCUGGACCAGGCGUCUCGGCAGGGUCUGGACGUGUCUCUGCAGAGGGUGGACCGCAACGUGAGCAGGGUGUUCACCAACCUGUUCAGCACCAUGCGGACUGAGGAGCUCAACCGCUACCGGGACACGCUGCGGCGGGCCGUGCUUCUCAUGAGCCCCCGAGGAGCACAGGUGUUCAUCCACCAGGCUGUGGAAACCAACCUGGCAUCAAAGGACAGCCACUGGGUUUAUGCCAAUGAGGAGGUGAGUGACACAGAAAUCAUGGAGCUGGUCCACAGUUCGUUGGGCCGGAUGACCGUCAUACGGCAGAUCUUCCCUCUGUGGAGAGACACCAACAUCCGGUGCAUGAGGAACAACCACCGCAUCUCCUCCCUGCUCUGUGACCCCCAGGAGGGCUACCUGCAGUCCCUGGAGGUCUCCAGCUUGUACCUGUAUGACAGUGUGCUGAUGUUGGCCAACGCCUUCUACAGUAAGCUGGAGGACAGGAAGUGGCAUAGCAUGGCCAGUCUGAACUGCAUGAGGAAGUCCACCAAGCCUUGGAAUGGAGGCUGGUCUAUGCUGGACACCAUCCAGAAGAGACGGAUUACCGGGCUCACAGGAAUGAUGGACUUCCGUGCAGGAGGUUCCAACUCCCACGUCCAGUUUGAGAUCUUGGGGACCAGCUACAGUGAGACGUUUGGUAAAGAUGUCAAACGGUUGGCAACUUGGGACUCAACUCGUGGGCUGAACGGUAGUCUAAAGGAGAGUCGGAUAGAAAACGGCAUGCAAGGAGUGACGGUCAAAGUGGUAACAUUACUGGAGGAUCCCUUUGUGAUGGUAGCUGAGAACAUCCUUGGCCAACCUAAACGCUACAAAGGCUUCUCCAUCGAUGUUCUGGAUUCUCUGGCCAAGAUUCUGGGCUUCAAGUAUGAGAUCUACCAGGUGGCUGAUGGGAAGUAUGGCUCUCCUACCUCAAAUGGCUCCUGGAAUGGCAUGAUCGGAGAUCUCAUCAGUAAGCGAGCAGACUUGGCAGUAUCAGCCAUCACCAUAACUCCAGACAGGGAGAGCGUGGUGGACUUUAGCAAGCGCUACCUGGACUACUCCGUGGGGAUUCUGAUGAGGAAGUCAGAGGAGAAGAUCAAUAUUUUCUCUCUCCUGGCGCCCUUUGACCUAGCUGUGUGGGCGUGCAUCGCAGCCGCAAUCCCCGUGGUUGGGGUCAUGAUCUUCAUCCUGAGGCGCGUCCAGUCAGUCCGCUCCCAGAAUCCCCCAGGGGGACACCAGGCCACCUCUGUGUCCACAUCCCUCCAGAGCGCCAUCUGGAUUGUCUACGGAGCCUUUGUACAGCAAGGGGGAGAUUCCAUCCUGGGUUCUGUGGCGUUGCGUAUCGUCAUGGGCAGCUGGUGGCUCUUCACACUCAUUGUGUGUUCCUCCUACACGGCCAAUCUGGCAGCCUACCUCACUGUGUCCCGAAUGGACAACGCUGUACGGACGUUCCAGGACUUGUCCAAGCAGAUGGACCUAGCCUACGGAACAGUGAGAGACUCAGCCGUAUACGAGUACUUCAGAGCCAAAGGCACCAACGCUCUGGAGCAGGACAGCACCUUCGCUGAGCUCUGGAGAACCAUCAACAAGAACAACGGACACGAACACUCAGUCUCCAGCCCCUCUGAAGGCAUCCGCAAGGCGAAGAGAGAUUCCUUUGCCUUCCUGUGGGACAUGGCUGUGGUAGAGUAUGCUGCUCUGACAGAUGAUGACUGCACCCUGACGGUGACCGGAAACAGUAUGAGCAUUAAGGGCUAUGGCCUGGCCCUGCAGCACGGCAGCCCUUACAGAGACCUCUUCUCCCAGAAGAUCCUGGAACUGCAGGAGAAAGGGGACCUGGACAUCCUGAAGCAGAAAUGGUGGCCCAGGAAGGGCCGCUGCGACCUGGACAGCCACUCAGAGGCCCAGCCAGAGGGCAGGGCUCUGAGGCUCCACAGCUUCGCUGGGGUGUUCUGCAUCUUGGCAGCAGGGCUGCUGCUGGCCUGCCUGGUGGCCGCACUGGAGACCUGGUGGAGCAGCAACCGUUGCCGGCGAGAGCAGCCCAAAGAGGUCACUAAGGACUACAGUCUCGAAAGGGUUUCUGGUCCAUUGACAUAUAAUGAUAUUACAAGUGCUUCACCGGAAGGCAGGCGUGACAUGUGGACAGACAGAGAGAGAGACUGGGAGGAGACAGAGACUUUUGACACAGGACAAAGAGGUGAAUCUAGAGCAGGUCCACCAGCGUUUGAACAGCCUCCUAGACGAGGACAUGGCGCACAAGCAGCUGCCGGGCCAAUCUAUCGAGAUCUCUGCCCUGGACAUCGGCAGCAUGCAGCCCAGCCAGUCCCUGGAAGGCCUGCCUUCACGGGACCACUACCCAGGCCACCACAGGGGGUCGCUCUCUGUGACCACCUUCCUCCAGGAGGGACAUGGGGCAGGAAGGACACUCGGCAGGGGCACUGGCAGAACCCUCCCCCUACCCCUCAGCAGCGCCACCAUGCCCUCUAUCCGCUGCAAACACAGGGCCCCCAACGGGGGGCUCUUCCGACAGAGCCCCGUCAAGACGCCAAUGUCAUACCAGUCAGUGCCCGGAGGACCCAUUCCAGAAGCCAUUGAUGGAAACCACGGGACUUCCAUCUGAGCACUCAGCCUCAGCCCAAUCACAGACACUUAAACCUCAUUUAUAUCUGGUUCUAACAUGCAUUCUUUGUUCUGAUGAUGUCCACAUUCUGAUUGCCUACAUUUUUAGACAGGUGUAGACGAUAAAAGACACAUUGUGAUAUGAUUGUGACCUGGAUAUCUUACAAAUGUAAACAGAUCUGGACAGUGUCUUAGAAUAAAAAAUAUAUAUAUUUUGAAAGAAUAUCUGUCAUAUAAUUUGCUUACAUGGAGGGACCAGGAGGUCUGGUCACAAUGCAGACACAGUGGAUGGAUAAUAGACACAUUUUAACACCAUGUGUAGAUGCAUGUCUGAAAAUGUGGGUCCAAUCAGAAUGUGGACAAGAUCAGGACACAGGACGCAUGUUAGAACCAGUUAUUAAUGGGGCUUCAGGCUCGGCUGUGGUGAGCUAUACAGAGUGAAUGGUGAGAGGGAGUGUAAAUAUGGAUGGCAAGAAAAUGUGUUUUUUUACUGCUGAAGAAAUAUGUAGGAAAACAACUUGUGGAAAAUGACUUUCAUGUACAUAUUUGUAAUUAUGGACAUCAAGAGGUGAGGUAAAAAAAAAAAAAAAGUGUUUUUUGAAUAUUCUCAAUUUUUUAAAGUUGAGUUUAAAAAACAGAUACAAAAGUAUUAAAACAUGACUGUUUGAAUGGAUUUGUAAAUUUUGUUCUAAAUUAAUAAAGGUGAUAAUUCCUUGUGGUUGUUUUCUAAGUGCCAAGUUCAAAGAUGUUUUCUUUCAAAUGAACAUUAUAUGAAUGUAUCCAAUUUAUGAAAAGACACUAACUUCACACUUCAAAGACAGUGGAAAGAGUUGAUUUGUUUAGUAUGAAAACAAUAAAAAAUCAUGAUAAAGUUCAAA